ACGCACCCUUCGGCUCACCGCCGUCAAUCCUCUUUGCAUGACAUUUUGCAGUCCAUCCUUUUUUUUACUGAAGGAAUAAAUAAUAGUGCAUUCAGAGUAAUAAUCGUGUUAUAUUAUUUCAGGCCAUUUAAAGUUGAAUUCCAGUGAUGGAUACAUCAAUGAAGAAUGGAUUCCCCUCUGAAUACAAUGAUAAUGUUCUACUUACAUCAGAAGAUCUCGACAAUAAGCGGAUUGCAGAGGCUAUGAAUUUACAAUUAACUCCUCAAGAACUGAAAAUUCUGAAAGAGUGCCAACACAAUGCUGUAUAUCACAGAGGCCUUCCUCUGGGUGCAGUGACCGGUGGUAGUCUUUACUAUUUUAUGAAAACCGGAAAAAUUCCCCGGUAUCCCUUGUUGUGGUUUGGAUCUUCGAUAAUGGGAUUUUUAGUGGGAACAAUGUCUUACCGAUCGAUUUGCAUGGAGAAAUUAUUGGCUCUUCCUGAGAGUACUUUGAAGGAGAGGAUUUUGCAGGCCCAGGGCAAACAGCCACGAGUCAAGGUCGAAGUCCCUCUUCAGGAUAGCAGUUCCUGGUUUGAUAGUAUGUUGCCUACUGACUCUGGUCCGAUGACAUCAUCCCUUGAUUUUGAUACACACCAGUCCAAUGGGUUCGAGGAUGCACCAAGAGGUCAAAAUGAUUUAGAUACUCAUUAUGCGCUAGAUCCACCUCUACCUCCAGCGACUUCUGCUUUCAUAACUUUCGAUGAUCUUCGACGUGAAAAUCGUGAGCAAUACCAGCGCACUCAGAGCCAGCAAUCAUCGACGACGAGGAGAUCUCCGACGGCCCCAGGAAACCCACCCCAACAAUAUCCAGAAUCCAGAUCUAGUCCAAGUGGAUAUUAUGAUGCACCAGCUCGUCCAGCCAGUGAUGACUUUCUCCGUUGAAUUGCAAUAAGUGCACUAGUUUUUUUCGCUCUAUUUGCUCCAAAGUACAAUUGUCUAUUACUGAAUAAAAAAAUGCAGUUAUGAAUGCGGCACGGAGCAAAUGAUAGAGUUUAUUGUAUACAUUUAUGAAAUUUUUUUUAUUCUCAAAUUCAUUAACUUUUGGGUGUACCCAGGAAUAAAGAUGAUUUUAUUAUUUACAAUUCAAGGAUUAAAUGAACUGUAGCACCAUUCAAUGAUGCAAGGUACAAAAAUCCUUGCGAUAUAAAAAUCAUUUGGCUCAAUAAAAAUAUUAGUUUGACAUAA